AUGGAGGCAAAGAACGAAACACAGCUUAGAGAGUUUAUCUUCUUGGGCUUCUCCAGCCUCUCAAGCGGCCAUGAGUACCUCUUCUCGAUUUUCCUCGCUGCCUACGUGGCCACCAUGAUGGGCAACCUCAUGCUAUUAAUCCUGGUCCUAAUGGAUUCCCGUCUCCACAGCCCUAUGUAUUUCUUCCUCAGCCACCUGUCCUGCUUGGAUAUCUGUAUUUCUUCCGUUGUCGUGCCAAAGAUCCUGGCCAACCUCCUACGCCGGAAACACACCAUCUCUUACAACCAGUGCCUGGCCCAGACAUUCUUCCUGAUCGGGUUUGCUGGGUGUGAGCCUGCCCUGCUGGCUGUCAUGGCCUACGACCGCUAUGCUGCCAUUUGCCGGCCUCUGUACUACUCCCACCUCAUGAGUAACAGGGUGUGCAUCCAGCUCGCUGUGGCCACGUGGGUCUGGGGCUUCCUGGAUGCAGCUCUCCAUGUCGCUCUGGCGUCCACAUUGUCCUUCUGUGGAGUCAACCGGAUUCCCCACAUAUUUUGUGACGUCCCCCCACUCUUGAAAAUCGCCUGCAGUGAUACUGGUGUCAACGAACUGGCCAAUCACAUCACAAGCAUCUUUGUGGGGCUCGGUCCCUUACUCUUCAUCUUCCUAUCGUAUUUCUACAUCCUGGCCUCCAUUCUGCGGAUUCGCUCCAACACCAGCCGGCUCAAAGCUUUCUCCACCUGUGCCUCCCACAUCAUUGUGGUCAAUGUCUGUCUUGGAAAUGCAUUUUUAAACUACAACCAACCCAGUACUGGCUACUCUCUGGAGACAGACACCUUUAUCGCCACAAUGUUUUGCGUAGUCAACCCUAUGCUCAACCCCCUCAUCUACAGCCUCCGCAACAAGGAGGUGAAGGCAGCUCUGAGGAAGGUUCUCCACUGUCAGAGGGCAGUUUAA